AUGAAUUUCUUCUGGCAACAAGUACUUCUCGAUGUCAUGGUCUGUAACAAUCGUCCCACGAACUCCGCAACAGCAUUGCCUAGACUUAUAGUGUCCUUGACGAGGAAUUAUUUUGUCGCUCAAAAUAUGAGAUCCGUCAUACUUAAGGGCAAGGCAAGGAUGGACCAAGCAUAUCUCUGCAUGCUGCUUUCAGCUUUUGCCCAUAUCCUGUCUCUUGCCUUGCUCACCGCAUCACUCUCAGCAAGAAGCUUUCAUUAUUAUGAGGACGUAUCCAAGAUGAAGGAUAAGCUCUGCUCGGAUAUCCAAUCUCACCAAGUACAUCAUCAUAAGCUCCAAAUUUCGUAUGACGCAAUUAGCACCAGCCCGACUCACCCUGUCUGA